AUGAUUAUUCAAACCAGAACUGAUGAGAUAUUUGGAGCGUUCUGUGAUGCAGCAUGGUCAACACGACGUAACAAACGAGAUACUGGUCCUCAGGGGAAGUAUUUCGGCGACGCCCAAUCGUUUGUGUGGAAUUUGAGCGCGGACGGUCAGCUGAAUGUGUAUAACUGGGCCGAAAGACAACCUCGAUUCUUCAUGGCUGCACCAACCGACACUACUUUGAUGAUUGGUGGAAGUGCAAUAAAGUUGGAAGAGAAUUUGAGAAAUGGAACUACUAUUCCCGGAAACACCUUUAAAAAUCCAGAGUUCGUAAAAGGCGGCAUAUUCACAGUGGAGGAGAUGGAGAUAUUUCAAGGAUUUGUGUUCGAAACGACGAAAGAGGAGAAGGAGCGACGAGAAUGGGAAGAGUUAGAAUUGAGUAGAGCAAGGGGAGAAGCAUAUGAUCAGGGAACUUUCCAGCGACAAGGAGGAGGCGCUGGCGCUUUUGGUGCUGGAUUGGACAAAGUUUAUGCUUCACCUCGCAUCCCAGCUUAA